GAGUGGCGGCGGUGCACGACGAGUCCCUCCUGCUGUGAAGGUGAGUGUGACGCCGGAGGAGGCGACGCCGUCUGCCGGGGGCUGACGGGGAACGUAAGUGAGGGAGGUCGUGAGGACGAGGACAGUGAGGGUGUGGGUGAGGCACCCCCUGGGUGCCACCCAGCCACUGACCCACCACCCCCACCACCAUUCAGUCCACCACCACCACGACCACAAGCUAUGGAGGGUCGUACCACUGCUGCUGCAACCAAGCUAGGACGCAUGUCUCCCUCUGUCUAUGUGGGAGGUGGCACCUUGGGAAGGGUCAGCCCAGGCCAUGACCUAGGUUAUCAUACCCUGGUCACAAGACAGACGCCCACACCCACCAGAGAUAGAACCACCCCCACCAGAGAUCGUACAACGCCCACAAGAGAUCGCACUACACCCUCUCCUUGGUCAGAUGUGCGAGCCUCGCCUUUCCCUGCUCUUGACCUUUCUGCUUUGUCAUCUUGUCCACGGUCAUCACCUCGGCCACAACUACCACAAGUACCUCCUCAGCAGCAACAGUCAACACCACAGCCACAACAACAGCUGGAAAGCACUGACCAGCUGUUGGCCACGUACAAAGGGAAACGGGUGUCUAGGUCAUCUCCAUUUGACAAACUCAGCGAUGAACUAGUAGUGCGAAUCCUGUCCUUUUUACCAACAAAUUCAGUAUGCCAGUGUGCUAGAGUGUGCAGACGGUGGUAUGUGCUAGCUUGGGAUCCACGUCUCUGGUCCACCAUCACUCUCACUAGUGAGGCCAUCCACGCUGACCGAGCAAUCAAGCAAAUCACCAGACUACUGGCCAGAGAUUCUGGUGGCUGUGUGCAUGUAGAGAAGGUAAUUCUGAACAGUUGUUCAAGAUUGUCAGAUCGAGGCUUGUCUCUAAUUGGCCGGCGGUGUCCUGAACUUCGGCACCUUGAGAUAAAAGGCUGUGUAAACGUCACCAAUAUUGGUAUAUUUGAACUUGUGACUCAGUGUGUCAAUCUAGAACAUCUUGAUGUCACAGGCUGUCAUCAGAUCACAUGUAUCCACCUGACACAACAGGGAACUGUGGAGCCUGAGCCCCUACAUUCUCGCCAGCUGUACCUCCAGUACCUCGACAUGACAGACUGUUAUGCCCUUGAGGAUCAAGGCCUCAAGGUUAUUGUAAAGAACUGUCCCCAGCUCCUUCACCUCUACCUCAGGAGAUGUAUUAAUAUCACAGAUAUGGGAGUGAAACACAUGGCCAGCUACUGCCUCAUGCUGCGUGAGGUGAGCGUUUCAGACUGUGUCCAAAUAACAGACUUUGGCAUGUAUGAGUUAGCCAAACUGGGACCUAACCUUCGCUACCUGAGUGUAGCAAAGUGUGACCAGAUCAGUGAUGCUGGCAUCAAACAGAUUGCUCGCCAUUGUUAUAAGUUGCGUUAUCUUAAUGUGCGAGGUUGUGAGGCUGUUAGUGAUGACUCAAUGGAAAUGGUGGCCAGAUCAUGCCCUAGACUAAGAGCACUUGAUAUUGGCAAAUGUGAUGUCACAGAUAAUGGAAUGAAGCUAAUAUCUGAGCACUGUCCCAACCUAAAGAAGCUUUCAGUGAAAUCGUGUGACAUGAUAACUGACCGGGGUGUCCAGUACAUAGCUUAUUAUUGCCGUGGUCUCCAGCAGCUCAACAUUCAGGAUUGUCAAGUGACAAUUGAGGGCUACAGGACAGUCAAAAAGUAUUGCCGACGUUGUAUCAUAGAGCACACUAACCCUGGCUUCUUUUAGUAUAGCUCAAGUGUGCAUGUACCUUGCCCAGUGUUGUGCCAGUGACUGCAGAAAAUAUCACUAGUGCCAAAUAUAGUGAGCCUGUGUAACUGAUGCUAAUAUGGACAAGACCCAGGUGCUAGUGCUAGUGGCCCUGUUUAUUGGGUCACAUAGCUCUGGGCAAGACAAGUGCCUACUCACCUGUGCCAAUUUUUGCAGUGCCAAAAUGGUGAGCUGAAUCCCUUGAGCAAACAAGCGUCUUAUUACUCCUCCAUGUACCAAAGUAAUGCUACCGUUGCCCAGAAGUAGCACCACUUGCUGCUUUUAUGCCUUGCAAACAUAUUGUUGUUUGCUAUCUUUUGUAAUUGCCUAGUAUGUACCUGUGUAAUACAUUAAUACAAUGUGCACCUUUAUAAUGUGCACAUAUAAUUAAUGUACAUUUUGCUGUGUACGUGCAGUUUUAUAACAAGUUUUGAAUAGUGGUGUGUAUGCAUUACACCAUAAAAAAAGAUUGAUCAUUUUGUAUACAAUACUGUGUAUGUUUGUUAAUAUAUACAGUACAGGAAAUGUGUGCCUUCCCCCAGGCUUCCUCUUUUCACCACUCAAUAUUGUGUGUUCAAACCUUUGCAUGUUGUUUGUUGGUUAUCUCUUAAGAUUAUUAUGAAUGACAUAUCCAUGAAACUUUUCCCAUUACAUUAAUAUGAAAUUCAAAUUUGCUUAAGUCUUUACAUCAUUGAGAUUUUCAGUCUUAUGUACCAUUUCUGUGUGAGCAUGUAUGAUCUUUUAGUUACUGUAGCCUGCUAAUUUUAUUGUAGGUUUUAACAUAGAUUGUAUUUCAGUGACUGAGUAAUUAAUGGACAACACAUUUAUCAUCAUCAUCCUUUUAUAUUGUUGAAUAAUUUAAUUCUCAGAACAGUCUUCUGUGAUCAGAUGAAUAAUUAUAUGAACAAACAAGCUCAUAAAAUGUG